UCAAGUGAACUAACCUCAACAAUUCUUUAUUGGUUAUAUCAGUUUCCCUGUUGCGUUCCUGGAUUCAAGAAUAAUAGUUAUUGAUCUUUCCCAACUUAUUUGUUUUAAAUAAGCGUAGGCCUAAGCCUACUAGGUACCCUACUGGAACUUUGUGACUAUGGAAUCUACAACUGAAAACAACCUGCUGAGUCUGAAAUGGAAUGGGUUUACCGAUAAUAUUAUCUCAUCUUUGAACAUAAGUUUGGACCACCAGGACUUUGUAGAUGUAACCUUGGUCUGCGAGGGAGGCAGCAUUAAAGCUCAUCGACUCAUCCUCUCCGCAAGUAGUUCUUUCUUCCAAAGGGUAUUGAAGGAAAAUAUCUGUCCUCAUCCAGUGAUUGUGCUGAAAGGAAUCACACUGUCUGAGUUGGAGCCUCUUCUAAUGUUCAUUUAUCAUGGAGAAGCAAGGACUUUUCAAGAAAAUGUUCCUCGGCUGCUGGAAGCAGCUCACUUCCUUGAAAUAAGAGGCUUGACUUCUGAAUACGGUCAGCGUUCAUCAGAUUUUAAGAUUCCAAAAGAAAAUCUAGAUGGUUUUGAUGAAAUAAACGAUUCCCAUCAAACAGGAGUCCAUUCUACAACACAGGAAGUAAAUGAGUUAUUCUCAAAUGUAGAAACAUUCAACCCUUUUGUGAGAAGAAAUGAAUUCCAGAGCGGUACUGAAAGUGAAUGCGAAACCAAUGGGAGUGAAAGAACUGACAUGGUUAUUAAACAGGAGCCACUGGAAGAAGAAGAAUCAAACACACAAAACCUGAAAGACCCGUGCAAUCGAACACCAACCAGUCCAAUAACAACGAAGUAUGUCUCACAUAGCGAUCAAAAUGACACUUGUCAAGCCGGUUUAAAAUUUUCAAUUCAAGAAAAGAUGGUGCUCCAACAACAAAAGAAGUUAGCGUUCUACGAGCCACGACCGUGCCCCAAGUGUCACAGGGUGUAUAGAGAUGCGGCGACGCUGCGUAACCAUCUGGUCAGCAUGCACGAGAUACUCAGACAUCGGGUGGUGUGCUCCUGCGGUAAACUGUUCCAAACCAAGUACGACCAUCACACACACCGCAAACGAGACCACAAGGGGGGUGGUGACGAUAACAGAAAAAAUGUCACCAAGUGGGAAGGAUAUAAGAUUUUGAAUAUUUAAUAUGAGUGUGAUUAAUUUAAUAUGAAUAUACUAAAAUCACAAGAAACUAAAAGUUCAAAUAGGCAAGAAGGAAAUAACAUUUUAAUUGUUUAAGUUGAGUGUUACCAGUUGAUUAAUUGUAAAAUGUGAGAAAUUUAAAUCAAAAUAAAUUAAAAAAUGCAAAUAAAUGUGAAUGAAAUAUUAUAAUUGACAAAAAGUGAGAUGAAUUAUAGUACUAAAUAAAGGUAAUGGGUGUUUCAAACCCACAUAUUAGGGACUGUGUGUGCAAAAUCAGUAAAUUAAGUUAAAUUAAGAGGAGUGAAGGUCUCAAAUUUGUUCAAGCCGAUUUUGUAUAUGUAAUUAAUGUAUCAUAUUGAUGUAAUUCGAUUAACUGAUUGUGAUUUGUCACAAUUCUUUUUCUAAUGUAUUUUUAUGUUACAACGUAGAGUUUAAUAUAAUUUUAAAGUAGGCCUACUAUGAGCACGAUGGAACUAGGAUCUGAAAUAAAUGAGAGUUUUAAAUUAAUGCAAUCUUUUUUUUUUCAAAAGGUAAAUAUACACAGAAAUUGGUACAAUUACUUAGAAAAAAAUUACCAAACAAACACCUAUUGGUCUGAGUACCAAAAUUAGUUAGCUUUUUAACAAAUUAGCUUUUUAGUUGUUAUUUUACCAACAUUCAUUACAUGUUCAUUUUUUGUUGAUGUAUGUAAAUAUGUUAAUAUAUUUUAGUGUUU